UAGUUUCUGGCAACUUCGGGAUCACUAUGCGCAAAACACUUAUAAAUCUUGGUACACGGCGAGAACGCUGAGAAUCAAGAAGAGGAAGUGACAGAAGUGGUUGUAAGCUGUGUUUUUUUUUUUUGUUAAUUGUUGGAGCGUUUUGGAUCUGAUUUAGUGGGUAAUUUUGGGGGGAGAAUGGAGGAUUUGAGAUUGGCAAUGGAGCAGCACAUGGAUCUAAUGGCGGAUCUGGUUCAGAAGAUGUCUGGCGAGAUUCGAUCCGGUCUCCGACCUGCUUAUGAGAACUUCAUGGGUUUCUACCACGCAAUCGAUUGGAAGGAACCUUGGAUUAUGGGGUUACUGGCUUUUCACGUUGUGUUGCUACUCGUAACUCUUCUCUCUAGAAAGCAUCUCAACUUCCAUAUGUGCUUGUUCUUAUUGGCAUUGGCUGGAGUAUAUUUCGCCGAGGGCCUCAAUGGGUUCUUGGGCAAGAACUGGAAGAGCUUUUCAACUCAGAACUACUUCGAUCCACAUGGAGUCUUCCUCUCGGUUCUCUGGUCAGGACCCCUUCUCGUCCUCGCCAUGAUCAUCUUGAUAAACACGCUCUUUUCGCUUUGCUACCUCAUUGUGAAGUGGAAAAGAGCCGAGCUCAGGCACCGUGCAAGGCUUGCAAGUACCAAGCAGGAUUAGAUCGGUGCUUCUAUCACUCUUUUGUUACUGACAAGACCCAUUUUCACAGUAUCUGUAAACAACAUGUCUUGUGUUUCGUGAAGGUAGUGGAUGUCUUGUAACAAGUUGAAAUGUGGCCCUUUCCUUUGAGGGAGUUUUGUUUUUGGUGUUCCAGCCUUGCCUGGGUAAUGAAUGCUCUCUUAUAAGCUAUGCAUUUGAUGGUAAAAAAAUCGUAAAGUAUAGAUUCUGUUAA